GCUCUCUCGUUCUCCCUCUCUCUCUCUCUCUCGCACACUCUACCUCUCCGUUGUCUGUAGGUACACCCUCUGCUUGUGUGUGUGUGUCGGUGUGGUCGAAGCGUGUCCGUGUGCUCGUGCGGGCUGAAAGCAGGCGGAUCUCGGAUGUGUCUCGAAGCUCUUAAUCAAGGUUUUGCUGUUUUUUGGUGUCGUGCGAGGAGCCCUAGCUGGAGCAUCACCAUUCUGGAUAUAAUAUAAUAUCUGGAUAUAAAUCUACUUUCAUUAUCAAACCGGACGGGCAGAUCGUUUAAAGAGCAGGAAGGGAGGGGUUGGAUGGCUUUCGCUUGCAGACAUUCUAGGUGUUUUCUGCUCUGGGAUCGUGCACUGAGCGGAUAUUAAGCCGGGAAUGUGGAACCAGAAGGGGAGGAGUCUACAGCACGACUCCCUGUGAACCCGCCUCCAUCCGAAAAGAGCAGAGAAGCAUUUACUGCCCGUAACCGGUAGAAUGGUAGCUGGGGAAGUGAGUGGGCACAGCUUCCUGGUGGCAUGCUGGCAGCCCAUUCUGAUCUUGAUGCUGGGCACGGUGCUGUCUGGCUCCGCCACAGGGUGCCCGUCACGCUGCGAGUGCAAUGUUCAGGAGCGCGCUGUCAUGUGCCACCGCAAGAAGCUGAUGUCCGUUCCGGAGGGGAUCCCACUGGAAACAAGACUCCUGGACCUCAGCAAGAAUCGUAUCAAAACCAUCAACCCGGAUGAGUUCUCCACCUUCCCGCACCUGGAAGAAUUAGAGCUCAAUGAAAACACCAUCUCGGCCAUUGAGCCCGGUGCUUUUAACAAUCUCUACGGCCUGCGGACUCUGGGACUUCGCAGCAAUAAGCUUAAGCUUAUUCAGCUGGGGGUGUUUACAGGGCUCAGUAACCUAACAAAGCUGGAUAUCAGUGAAAAUAAGAUCGUAAUUCUGCUGGACUACAUGUUUCAGGACCUGUAUAACCUGCGUUCUCUUGAGGUGGGGGAUAAUGACUUGGUCUUCAUAUCCCACCGGGCGUUUCAUGGCCUCAGCAGCUUGGAGCAGCUUACGCUAGAAAAGUGCAACCUGACCUCUGUCCCGACCGAGGCCUUCACGCACCUUCACAGCUUGGUCACGCUGCGUUUACGUAACCUCAACAUCAACAGUAUCAGAGACUACAGUUUUAAACGGCUCUACCGCCUCAAAGUGUUGGAGAUUGCCAACUGGCCCUACUUGGAUACCAUGACCACCAACUGCUUGUAUGGAUUGAACCUAACAUCCCUAACGAUUACUAAUGCGAACCUGACUACGAUUCCCUACUUGGCUUUGCGGCAUCUGGUUUACCUUCGGUUCCUCAACAUGUCAUACAAUCCCAUCCAGAUAAUUGAAGGGAACCGGCUUCAUGACCUACUCAGGCUGCAGGAGUUUCACCUUGUGGGUGGCCGGCUGAUGAUGAUAGAGCCCUAUUCCUUCAGAGGAUUGAACUACUUAAAAAUACUCAAUGUCUCCAGCAACGCCCUGACCACCCUAGAGGAAUCAGUAUUUCAUUCAGUGGGCAACCUGGAGACCCUCGCAUUGUACGAUAACCCGCUGGCUUGCGACUGCCGCCUGCUCUGGGUUUUCCGGCGCCGUUGGAGGCUCAACUUUAACCGCCAACAGCCCACUUGCUCCUCCCCCGAGUUUGUUCAGGGUAAAGAGUUUAAAGACUUCCCAGAUGUCCUUCAGCCCAAUUAUUUCACUUGUCGUAAAUCAAGGAUCCGAGACCGCAAGCCGCAACAUAAGUUUGUCGACGAAGGCACCACCAUUCACUUCGUGUGCCAAGCAGAUGGAGACCCGACACCCGUCAUCCUUUGGAUGUCCCCACAGAAACAGUUCAUCACCACCAAAACGAUAGGACGACUCACCGUUUUCCCAGACGGAACUCUGGAAGUGCGUUACGCUCAGAUUCAGGACAACGGUACGUACGUGUGCAUUGCCAGUAAUGCAGGUGGAAACGACACAGCUUUGGCCCACCUGCACGUCCACAGUUACUCCCCAGAUUGGCCCAGUCAACCCAACAAAACCUUGGCGUUUAUCUCCAACCAGCCCGUUGAUAACGGAGCCAAUGGAACGAAAGCAACCGUCCCCUUCCCAUUUGAUAUAAAGACGCUAAUCAUUGCCACCACAAUGGGUUUCAUCUCCUUCCUGGGUGUAGUUCUGUUCUGCCUGGUUCUGCUUUUUCUGUGGAGCAGAGGUAAAGGUAACAGCAAACACAACAUUGAGAUCGAGUACGUCCCGCGCAAGUCGGACGCUGGGAUGAGCAGCAGCGGCGCGGAUGCCCCUCGAAAAUUUAACAUGAAAAUGAUAUAACCAAGCCAGGGAACUCAAAAGACCCUUUUAACAACAAACUCAUAAAGACAGAAAUGAGAUUCCCCGCCUGAACAACCUCUGGCUCUGAAGAGCUCCCCAAAGAGAAGUCGUGUUUUUCUCUCUCUUAACUCUAAAGACGGAUGUGAGACGCAGGGGUCUGCGCUUUUGUUCAAUAUUGAACACCAGAGAUGAGGGAAAUUCUUCUCCUGCGCACUCCUCUUUGAUGGCCGCUUAAAUUCAGCCUCCGGGGACCAAUAUCUCCGAGAGGGGAUAUGUUUUAAAACACUGAAGUUCCUGUGGAUUUUUAUGGGCAAAAAUAUAAUAAAGGAACCUCCGAAAUGUUUUUGUGUCAACCUCCAGAUUGCAAAGGCAGAGCAUCCUUCUCUCUGUUCUCCGGUUGCCUGCAUCCUCAUUGUUUGUUUGUUUGUUAUUCGUUUGACUCAUUUCUUUCUUGUUUUAUACUAAAAUUAUUAGUUUUAUGACAGAGUAACAGAGUAGAGAAAUCAGGGGUGAAAUGCACAUUAACAAAACUAACAAUUUGUCCAGAUCUAUCUUCGGUUGUGUCAAAAAACAGAUUGCAGAAAGUAAUAGAUUUGUUUGAUGAUUCCAGUCAUAUAGUUCCAGUUCUUGUUUCGUUGUACUCUUUCACUCCAUGUUUCACUUGCAUUUGUUGGCUCAAGUCAAGAAAAAUGUAUUAGAGGAUCAUGAAAGCAUCUGUUCUCUGUUGUGACAACUGGAUGAACAGGUACAGGUUGUUAAUUGUUGAAUUAACGACAAGGCAAGUGUAUGCAGCGGUAAUUGUGAUUUGGUUUUUGCGUCUUGCUUUGAUUUUUAUCGAACCUCACAGCCUACAGCAAGCAUUUAUGUUGUGCCUGGUCAGGUUUGAACCCAUAUACCGGCAACCCAUUGCCAAGUUCUUAUAUAACACAUCAAUUCUUCAGUUAAAGCUUCAGAUCUGAAAACCCAAGAGGAACAUUGAAGAUGUGUAGCGGAGCUUGAGAGUGUGAAUUUCUGACAAACUCCAUCAUUUCACAGAAAGAUGAGGGUGUUAAUGUGUUUGACAGCCCUUGGUGACCCCCAGCAGCGGCCAAUGCUGGAUCUCACACCUGUCUCGCUGUUUUAGAUCUUACACCUGUCUCCUGGCCUCACAUCUUCCUUAUGGAUCUCAUACCUGUCUCAUGGUCUCAGAUCUGUCAGCUGGGUCUUACAGUAAAUGUGUCUUAGAUGUCUUUAUGUUGGUGUCCAAAGAAACAGUCUCAGUCUCAUUGUCACAUUACUUCAAAGUUCUCCAAAACCUAAGGAGGCAAAUGGUGCUUAUUUAUGAUGAUGAUGAUGAUGAUGAUAUCUAGCACACACAGGGGGAAUUCACUUAGAACGAAUGAGCGUUUUUCAUGUGCACAUGCUAUCUUGCGUGCUUUGCAUAGCAUUGUCUAUUAUUUCAGGUUUCUGAAUGGUCGCGUACACACUGUGAGGUUUCGGGAGUUACAACUGCAUUUAAAAAUGAAUUCAUGUCUUGUGUGUGUACACUAGUUCAUUGUUAAGUAUGUUUUUACUAUAAAUGUGGUUGUCACUAUAAAUUAACGAAUAAAAUCAAGCAGUUUUAAGAGGAGUGGCAACUGUAUUCACCUGCAGUGUGUAUGUGGCUGACAUAAUCUUUUUUAAAUGUAAAUUAAAGCAACACUAUGUAGUUUCCAUGUAAAAAUGAUUUACAGCUCCCCCAUGUGGUUGAAAAGCGCAACAGUGCCUGGUAUCAGACACUCUUCUGCAGGCAGGGGGAGGGGCGGGGCUGUGUGCUCUACCCUCCACCGCCACUUUCAGAGUGUGCUUGUAGCAGCUAGGAGGCUGCUCAGGUUGCAGCAACAGUACAGUUUGUCCAGGUAAAAGUUGUUCUAUUACUGAAAUAAUUUUAGAGACAUUAUUUAAAGGUAAAAAAACUACACAGUGUUGCUUUAAAUGCUUUUUUGAUUUAGUCAUGUGAUUAAAGUUGGUCACACUGCUUGCAAAGAGUGUCAAUAACGCAAUGUUAGUUGCUCCAGGCUAAAUACAUUCUCUAAAUUAAAAUCUAUUAAUAUAGAUUUAACAUAAAAACUGAUGUUUGCAAUGAUAAGAAUGUACUUUAAUAAAUAUGCAUGGGCAACGAUACCAAGUAGAGGCUAGUCAAACAAGUUUACGAAUGAGCCACACGCUAAAAUGCCGUAUGCAAAACGCCGCAUCUGUUCAGUGAAUUCACCCUGCGGUGUCCAGCUGUGCAUUUUGUGUGCGGUUAAUCCGGCCCUAUGAAUGGCAGGUGAUUUCAUUUUGCACUGGUUUGAUGGGUUUCACCGUACUAAGCGGUUUUUACUGCUUUAGACUGAGAACUGUACAGAUGGGUUCACCCUUAGCGAUCCACUUUCAAGUUAAUCUGACACACACGCUCACUCCUGAAUCUCUCUGAUCCUCUGCCUCUGUGCUCGACCUGCUGUUUCCAUCCUAUUAUAAAUCUUUAUCUGACCUUUGCCCUUUCCAACAUUCAGCCCAGGAUGAUAAUGUGCAUUAAUGUGGUCCAUAAUAUUCUUUUAUACUGAGAAAAAAAUAUCUUAAAAGGUGAAAAAAUCUAGUAUGAAAAAUGUUUAAAUUGUUCUGUGCAAUAAAGGUAAUAUGCAUUUUCAUUUAUUUUCCUUUUUUAAUUAACAAAAUUUUAUUGAUGUUGAAUUGUUAAAAAUAUGGUAUGUUGUAUUAAACAAUCUAU